AUGCAGGUAACUAAUGUCAACGAUGUUCGAGUGUAUAAUCUAACAUGUGGCCAACAAGCAGCCCCGGAAUGGAUGGAUGAUACCAAAAAGAAGAAAUCUAAGAAGGAAGCAGAUGCCAAACAACGAAUUGAACUUAUCCAAGGUUUUGAAAUGCCUAUGUUAAGCAAUUCAAUAUCGAUGACACGCGAUGGACAGUAUAUUUUUGUCACUGGUUCUUAUAAACCACGUGUUCGCUGUUACGAUGUUAAUGAAUUAUCAUUAAAAUUUGAACGUUGUUUUGAUCACGAAUGUAUACAAAUGAAAAUUCUCUCAGAAGAUUAUUCCAAAAUUGUUUUUAUGCAUGCUAAUCGGUAUAUUGAAUUUCAUUCACAAGUCGGUAAUUAUCAUACGAUUCGAACUCCGAAACAGGGACGACAGUUUGAUUACCGAUAUUCGUCCUGUGAUUUGUAUUGUGUCGGUGCAACGAAUGAAAUCUACCGGUUCAAUCUUGAACAAGGACAAUUUCUUGAGCCCAUAUCAAGCAAAUCACCAGGUUUUAACACCUGUCAAUUCAAUCCCGAACAUGAAUUAUUCGCUUGUGGUUCUGUAGAAGGAGUACUAGAAUGUUACGAUCCCCGAGCACGAAGUUCUGUAGGACAAAUCGACUGUGCUGUUUUUGCAAAUAGCAACAGUGGUAACAGUUUACCAGCUAUCUCUUGUCUUAAGUUUAAAGAUGCACUUAACUUAUCUGUUGGCACGAGCACUGGACAAAUAUUACUAUUCGAUAUACGAUCGAAUAAACCGUAUUUUAUUAAAGAUCACAACUAUAAUCUACCAAUCAAACGUAUUGAUUUUCACACCCAAAACGACGAUUAUAUUCUUUCAAUCGACAAGAAAAUAUGCAAAAUAUGGAAUCGACAUACCGGUAAAAAUUUGACGUCUAUGGAACCUGGUACACCUUUGAAUGACAUGCUCAAUAUACCUGGAAGCGGUCUUAUAUGUCUAACGAAUGAUUCUCCCAAGAUUUUUGUUUAUUAUAUUCCAACAUUGGGAAAUGCACCGAAAUGGUGCACGUUCUUGGACAAUAUUACCGAAGAACUCGAAGAAAAACCAGCAGAUACAGUUUAUGACGAUUAUAAAUUCUUAACGUUAAAAGAAUUGGAUACACUCGGUUUGUCUCAUUUGAUUGGUUCGGAUCUUCUUCGCGCUUAUAUGCAUGGUUAUUUCAUGGAUAUUCGACUAUAUAAUCAAGCGAAGACAGUAGCGGAACCAUUUGCGUUUGCUGAAUAUCGUAAGAAGAAAUUGCGUCAAAAGAUCGAUGAAAAACGUGAAAGAAGUCGUGUACCUCUUCCGAUUGUACCAACGGUUAACAAAGAUCUUGCUGAAAAACUUCGACACGAUGAAGGCGAAACGACAACAAAGAACAAGAAGAAGAAAGCGAAAAAUGCGGAGGAUAAAAUCUCGGCAUCAUCUGUGCUUAAAGAUUCUCGAUUUCAAUCGCUAUUCACCAAUCCUGAUAUGCAGAUCGAUGUGAACCAUGACGCAUUCAAAAACAUCGCACCCCUGGUUUCUCGUUUGAAUAAACAAACAGCUGUUGAAGAGGAUGUUGAAUCGAUGGAAGAGGGUGAUGACGACGAAGAUUAUGAUGAUAGAGAAGGAAACGACGAAGAAGUCGACUUAAUGGAUGAUAUUCUCACAUCUGAUGAAGAUGAAGAUGAAGAAAAGAAAGCAGCGGUAACUCCUCGCCGAACAAAAUUGGUUCCAGUUGGUGCCGAAGAUGAAGGCGAUCAGGAAACUCUUCGUUCAUUGUCGUUUUCUGAACGAGCAAGAAGAACAGCAGACUCCGACAAGUCUUCGACAUUCACUCGCCCAUCGGUCGCUAAUAAGAUUCCGACGGAUAACAAGGAAAAGCGAAGAAAAAGAAACACAGAUGACGAUGAUGAUCAUCGAAGAAAUGUUCGCCGAGCUCCACGUGGUCGAAUGAAUAGUCGUCGUGGUGAACCAUAA